UGGCUGAAUGUGAUUCAAUGUCAAUCAUGUACAUCAAUUUUGACGAGAUCCGCACCCUUUGGAUCCAGGUCAAGACAUUGGUGCGCGUUCACUGAGAACAAUAACAUACUAGUAGUGAUCAAGAUGGCACUGAGAGGAUCUGUGUUACUUCUCUCUCUGUGGACUUUUAUACCGGGUGCCAUUGCUUCACCGUGUUCCCCGGACAACCGAACCUCUGAUUUAUCACAAUGUCUGUCCACAAUGAUCAACAAUGCCAAGGACAACACUCGUUUCUGGUAUGGCACGAGCUACCCCGCCCGGUGUCCUAACCCCUGGGGAUCUGUGGAUUGUUUCAACCCAAACCCCUACCGGGCGGAUAGCCUCGUCUCCCGUGUGUUUGGCCCAGGAUAUGUCCUCCAAGAUUCUUUGAUUACAACGUUUCUGAGCGUGACUUUUGAAACUGGAACAGGGUCCUAUUCUGGCUGUGGAAACGUGUGGACGGUGACCGAGAACCGAAGGAUUGAUUUAGACCCAGCAGUGACCGACAUCUACAGACCGUGGAGCGUCCGGAAUCGUCCGACCAUGACGUGGUCCGCCAAUCAGAGUGAGCUAUACACUCUUAUCGUGUUUGACACGGGGUAUUUGAUUAACCACGGGAUCUUCUUGAACAUACCCGGAAAUAAUAUAAGCCAAUCCGAGAUUUUCAAGGACUUCCAUGGCCCUCGACCAACACGGGCCACACCAAAUGUGUAUGCAUUCCUUUUGUUUAAACAAUCUGGGCGGAUCCAGCUUUCCGAGGAGUGGAGGCAAAAACUAGCGAACUCCAUGAUCACCAGCGAACCUAAUCCCUAUAACAUGACAGAAGCAAUAAACUACCUCAAUCUUACAGGUCCGGUGGCCAUGAAUUGGAUGAGUAUCGCCAUCGAUGCGUACGCUGUCCAGCUGAUGAUUAACGACAGAAUCCUGUUUGCUUGUCCAAACCUCGUGUCGGAAGCAUUGAAAAACCAUAACCGGACGUUUAUCCCCAAGGGAGCCUCAAUGACAGUUUUUGUUGACGUCACGUUCUCGCCGAUUGCCGUUACGUUUACCUCCUGCUGUACCACGUAUUCCAAACCACAACGGUCCUUUCAGCUGAAUCCGCUAGGGGACGCUUCUGUGGGUUCUUGGGACGUCCGGUCUGACGCUAACCCUGUCCCUGAUAUAUCAGCGCUGGGAUUUUACAUGCAAAGAAAAAACUUUACUGGUAAGACCUUCACGCUGCUGUGUGUAGACCCAGAUGUUCCCCGAGCGACAGCGGGGACACAGGAGCGCCCCCUACUUCACUGGAUGGUUGUGAACAUCCCCGAGGGUCGGGUAGCUGAGGGGGACACGGUGAUGACGUAUAGAGGCCCCCAGCCGCCAGAUACUGCCCAUUAUUACUAUUUUUUGUUGUACGAACAAACAAAUUCGAUAAACACUACUGAGGCUGCAAAUUACACAUAUCCGCCAAUCUCCAGAUUCUUAUUUGAUAUUUCGAGCUUUACGUCUGAUAAUUCCUUGAGUCUGGUGGGGACCAGUUGGUUUGUUGCUAAGCCCGAUGAAUAUACGCGCCAUUUGUACACGUCAUCAGGUGGGAAUUUGACGUCACUCUGUGCCGGGCAACCGAACUUUGACACGCCCUGCCCUGUAUCGGGCUCCACCCAUUGGGGGCCAACAUUGUACCAGAUGUUGCUAACUCUCUGUUGUUUCUUGUCAAUCAAAAUGAUUGUAACUUCAAACUGAAACAUUCAGAUUCUAAUUACUAGUUACGUGUAUUUCUUCACAUGUUUAUACGCAAUGGAUCAAAAGAUCAUAAUCACAAAUCCAAAGAGUUUCCUAUAAUCAAAAGUUAUACAUAAACUUUUUUUUAUAAAUUAUUUAUUUUGUAUACAAUGUGGGUUUUUUUUUCGUGUUUUUCUACUUUUUUAAUUAAUUUCAUUAAAAUAAUAUA